UUAAUUUCCAGGCCCGUUCCUCAUCACGACGCGUGGCAGGGCUGUACCAAGCCCGAAGUGUGCGCUUCUUCGUUGCGGCUUAUGAAGAUGACCCACAUUCCUCUGCCACCUGACCAAUAAUGGAGGGUGGUGUCGAGGGCGUGGUAGCGGUGGUCAGUUGGCUUUCCGAAGCAGGACUAGCGUUCAAUCUUCUCAAAAACUCGCGACAAUGCCGACCCCCGGAAAAGUUAACGGCACCGCGGCCGUCUCGCAACCCCUCAAAUGCAAUAGCAUCACAAACCGUCUCUGAGCACAAUUUUAAACGUCGUUGCCUAUCUCCAGAGCCGUAUGCAAGCACCUAUCAGGUGUCCCACUGCGGCGUGGACACCCGUUCCGCUGCUUGCGAGCACACAGAGUUCCCGCCACAGAGGCAGAAACCAUCAUCAGGGUGCCAGUUCAGGGCGCAUAAGGACCGAGACGUGGAUGCAUUCGUGAGCUCCCUCAGGAAGUACCCGAGCAUGACCGAGCAUUUGCCGUCCACUCAACUGCUGGAACAACUCCUCAAAACUUCAUUCGAAUUCGAACCGAAUCGAAUUCACUGUAAGCCCGAUAUUUCUCUUUAA